AUGAAUCCCUCUGAAUACGAAAUUCAGCGUGAGGUCGAAGCCCUCCGCGACAUCAGGCGUCGUUCAGCUGCACCAGGCGCUCUUAUCAUCGACCCUGACCUCCCUUCUCAAUCCACGCAAAAUCCUUACUGGGUCUCUCCUUCACCCUCUACAGAGAAUGAUUCGAGCUCCUCCUCCUCUCACGACGAUGCCAGUAGCAGCACUAGUCAUACGGACUCCACAUCUCACAGGGAAGAUGAUCCUCUCCACCUCUUCUGGGUCCCAGCAAGUGUGCACCCAGAGAUCGCACCCGCAGAGUUUCGUGCAUUCCUUAAAGAACAUGCUAGGUCACCAUCGCCUGCCGACGGAUCGUACGCUCCAAGCAGAUCUAGUUCACUCUCAUCUGUAUCAGGUCUUGGAAGGAAGAGGUCGAUGCUUAGUCGGCAGUAUCGACCAUCCGAAAACGAUGGCGUCGAGAAGGAGGAGAAUAUCGUUCCUUUACGGAGAAAUCGUAGUUCUAUAUACCACAAUCAAGGCCCACAACUUACGAUUAGUGACCUACAGAAGCUAGAGCAACUUGCAGAAGAAGCCUCACAGAGUGACGACCCUUCCAAGCUCAGGACGAUGUUGAGAAGAAGCCUUAGCCUGAAUAUAUCGCCCACCGCUCUCGAGAAGCUGGAUCGCGUUCCAGACAUGGCAGACGAGGCAGACGCACCCAUCAUAAUACCACCUCCGAAUUCUAUUGUUCGACGUUCGGCCCGCACAACCAAAUUCAGAAAACCGAGUCUACCUGGAGGCGAAGGCGAUCCUUUCCGUGGAUCUUCGCGCCGUCGUGGAUCUGCUCGCACCGCCGUUUCCAGCCAACCUCUGCCCACGGGUGAUCAAAUUGAUCACGUAGAUCAGUUCCCUCAUAAGCGCGUACAAACGCUAUCAGAAAGUGUUAAAGAUCAACGCUUUUCACAGGAUUCAUUCGACGAAGCACUCAUCUAUGAUGCUUAUGCUCGCGACGAAGAAGAGGAUCAGGAUCAGCCGGCCUCCGCUCCGAUUUCUUUACCAACCCCCCCUCCACCGUCAGAAUCUCCAGCCUCCUCGUCAUUGACAUCUCUACCUGAACCUGAAGUCGUUCCAUCUCUCCUUGAUGCUCUUGGUCCUGUCAUCAAUCCCCCCGAGGCCCAAUCCACUCCAGACCAGCUCGCUCCCCAACGAACCCCUUCACCCCCACUUCCCUCGACGACCUCUCCUCCGCCCCAGCCAUCUCAAAUGCAAGCAUCACUUGAGGUAGCACCACCCCAACACCCCCCUUCCGAGCAGCAACCCUCGUUCCUCAACACACCGCCUACACCACAACAAGUACCUCCCCCUCGGAAGGAGAAGAGGGGCCAAAAAGGGAUUUUCAAAUGGGGUUCCGACAAGAGUGCUAAGAAACAGGCGAAGGAGGCAGCUCAGCAGCAACAACAGGCCAUUCAACCAGAAACCAGGGAAAAAGAAUCUGGCUUCUUCGGCUCUCUUUUCUCUAAGAAAACCAACAAGGAUUCGUCGUCUUCAUCGUCCCAAGGUCACGAUUCUACUUCCCAAGGUCACGGUAAAGAAGGCCCCGCGUUACCUGGCGCAAACAAAACAAAUAAAAACCAACUACCACCUCCACCCGCUACGCCAGGAUUUGGGGCACCUGCACCCGGAGGUGGAGUGAUCAACAACUAUUCGAGAUAUCCACUACACGUGGAGAGGGCAAUUUAUCGCCUGAGCCACAUCAAGUUGGCGAAUCCUCGAAGGCCUCUGUAUGAGCAAGUGUUGAUCAGCAAUCUCAUGUUCUGGUAUUUGGGUGUAAUUAACAGGGCGCAAGGGCAACAACAACAGCAGCAGCAGCAGCAACAGUCACAGGGUGUGGCUCCGCAACAACUGGGCCAGGGGCCGGUGGAUGCAAAUGGAUCUGUCAUGCAGGAGAACGAGAGAGAUACCAUCGAAACGCAAAGGCGAAGUUUGGACAAUGACAUGGAAAUGCAGCAGCAGCAACAUUCGGACAUGAAGCAUAAUGGGACCUACAAUAACACUAAUACUAAUACUGGUAAUAAGCGAGAGAGUUCACCCAAGCGGGGACCGUUAACGAAACCGGCCCCGCCAGGGCAAGGAGGAAGAAGAGGAGAAAUGGUGGUCAAGGGGCCACAAUAUGAUAUGCAGCAUCGAGCGAUGGAACAAGAAUAUGGUGGAUAUGGGCAACAGCAACAGAUGGGAAGGGGUGGUUCUCUGUCGUCGUGGGGGUAUCAGCAGCAGCAGGGACCACCAAAUAAUCAACCGCCACGGCUAGUACAGCCGGUACCGCAACAGCAGUCAGACGAAAGCCCGUUCUUUUAUUCGGUGGGUAUGGUUCAGCAACCUCAGCCUCAACAACGAUUACCACCCGGUGCAAUGGCACCCUUGGAACAAUCUAACUGGCCCUCUGGUGAUUUUGGAAACAAUGCGCCUACAAACACUAAUCCACCGCGACGACAAUCGUCAACUUCCCCUACGCUGCCCGAGCGACGUUCGCGGUCUCCACCCCCGCAGUUAUCGUACACACCCAUCCAGCAAGGCCUUAUGUUUCCCAAUGGAUCGCAGGAAAAUCUUGUUGAUGGUGGUGGAAGUGGCAACAAGCCAAAUGGUUUGUAUGGCCCACCACAGCAGCAGCGGCCCGCACGGUCGUUGUCCGCGACGGCUUUACCCUCGGCUUCCCCGACGACGAAUGGUAGGCUCAGGAAGGGAGUGAGUGCGAGUGCCUCAGUUCCUUCGCAUAGAGGGCGACCUCGGACUGCUGAAGGGAGAACAGAGAAAGUUGGGUUGGUUGAGAGCGUUGGGGAAGAGGAAGAUGUUCCAUUGGCCGUCUAUCAGCAACAAAGACGACGAUAG